CAUGCAAAUGGAAGGAUGAAUUCGUUUGAAAGCGUACCCGAUUACUUAAAUAAAAAUAUAUUUCCAACUUUAUUAAAUGCAAUGGAAGAAAUGUUACUUGAAGCCGAUCGCCGAAAUGCAUUAGAGACACAUAAAUGCUCCUUCAAUGGCUUGGAUUAUCUCGCCGAGAUCCUUUGGAACCGAAAUUCGCGACAUCCAAGUAGACUGCACGCUUGGCACAAUGUGUUUAAUAUACCACAGUUUAAGCUAUGGCUAAUGUUGCAUCCUAGGCCAAUUUAUCCAAAAUCAUGGCUGUGGACCAGAGAGGAUGCUGCCUUGCACAUUCAGAGACACAUUCGCGGUUGGCUCAUUAGAAAAAAAGCGGAUGUACAGGAGAUGCGUCAAUUUUGGAAGGUAGAUAUAAUCAAGGAAUUAAAGUGUGAAUAAUGACUCUCACGUAAAUUGCAGGUUAUUCGAGAGG